ACCAGGACCGCCAUUAAUCAACGCCAAACUCACGAAACUAAAUGGAAAGCAUCCACAGAUUAGAUUUUGUUUACAGCAGCAGCCGUUCCCAUUAAAGAAGUGUUAAAAACAACAUGAGAAUUUAAUACCGAUGACGACAGGAACCAUAACUCACUCUGUCCCAGAACACAAAGAGUCGUUCGGUUCCCAAAACACCCAGAAAGCUUUGACUCACGCCGCUGCUUGCUCGGUUGCUCCAGCAGCUGCUUGCUCCAGAACUCCCCACCAUUGCUAGAGAGAGAAAGGGGAGGGUUUCUGGAGCAGAGGAAGACGACCCACCUCUUUUCUACUUCCUUUCUCCUUGAACUGAGUCGGCCGCUGCUCCAGAGCUCCGGUUCUGGGGAGACAAUGGGUGGCGCCGCCGCCUAGACAAAGAACAAGAAGGAUUCCCAAGGAAGAAGUUUCACCUCCAUUCUCUCCUCUAGCUGUUUCAGUGCAGCGGAGAGAUAGAAAGAGACAUAAGGAGAGAGAGAGAGAGAGCCGCCUACCUCUUCGACAAGCCUUUCUAUUUUCUCAGCUUGGCUCUCAGUAGCAGGCCAGCUUCUGCUGCUGCAGAGCAUCAUUCCUAAAGAGAAAGGUGUCUGUGUGAGCUAAAGUAGGAGAGAAUGGGUGCAUGCUUGAGUUCUAGAAUGGGUAAGCUAGGGGAGGGAGACGAAGGAGACGUGGUUGCUCUCUGCAAAGAGAGGAAGCGUCUCAUAAAGGCCACCAUCGAGCGCCGCUACGCCUUUGCUGACGCCCACUACAGAUAUAUGCUUUCCCUGAAGGCAAUGGCGGACGCGUGCAGGCUCUUUGCCUCCGCGCACACCUCUCCCGCGCCUUUGUUCAUAGCACUCCCUGAGCCCGUUUCAUCCUCACCGCCGGACAGCCCUCCUGCUGCACCUCGCCUCUCUCUUCCUCGCUGUUGUUCUUCUUCUUCCUCCUCAUUGUCCUCGCCUUCCCCGUGUUCGUCUUCACCGGACAUAAGCGCCCCGGUGACAGCAGAGGAAGCGCAGACCGUGUUUCAACCCCCACCACCGUCGACGUUUGGCUGGGAUUUCUUCUUUAACCCGUUCGACGAUUUUGGGGCCAAGGGAGGGAGGAUGAGCCGAAGCUCGGACGAGGAUUUGAGGAUGGUGAGGGAAGAAGAGGGCAUUCCAGAGCUCGAGGAAGUCGACGACGACAGUGAUAGCGGCGAUGGUGAUGCUGUUGCUGAUGCUCACACCUCUGCUGAUGAUGAAGUUGUUGUUGUUGAUGGUGGUGGCGACGGCGGUGGCAGCGAUGGAGAGGAUGGAUGUGGUGGAAACGAAAUAAGCGACGAUGAGAGCGUAGCAAAGAUGGUAGCGAUUGGAAAGGUUGAAGGAGAGAAGGAGCAGAGUCAGCAGCAGAGAGGACUAACGGUGAUCGACACACCGGCAAGGGAAAGGGACCUUCUUGAUGCGUUAAAGGAUGUUGAGGACCAUUUCAUCAGAGCAUAUGAUUCAGGAAAGGAAGUUUGCAGAAUGCUGGAGGCAAACAGGUUCCACCUCUGCUCUGGUUUGGAGGAAAUCAAAGAGAGCUCCUCGAAAAUCAUCCAUGCAAUAACAUGGCAUCGUUCCUCUUCCUCAUCCCAAUGCUCAUCAUCACGUCGUAGUUUUCUCUCAUCCACUGAUUUUGACAGCACCUGGAAAAGUUUCAGCAAUGAUCUUUUUGAGGAGUGUGGGAUGGUAUCAGGAAGCCAUUCAUUAACACUAGACAGGUUGUUUGCUUGGGAAAAGAAAUUGUAUGAUGAAGUGAAGGCUGGUGAUCAAACAAGAAGGAUCUAUGAGCGCAAGCGUUUGCAGCUGAGCAAUCAGGAAGCUAGAGGAGAUGAUUUACAAUCUGUAGACAAAACUAGGGCUGCCGUCAAAGAUCUUUAUACAAGAAUCUUGGUUGCCAUACGUGCUGCUGAGUCCAUAUCAAUAAGGAUUCAUAAAUUAAGAGAUGAGGAGUUGCAACCUCAGAUUGCUGAGCUACUAGAAGGGCUGAUGAACUGCUGGAAGAUAAUGCUUGAAUCACAUGACACUCAGAAUCAAAUAAUGUUUGAAGUGAAAUCUUUCACAAGCUCUGCAGCUGGAAAGUUUUGUGGUGAUUCUCAUCGUCAUGCAACCCUUCAGCUGGAGAAUGAACUCCAAAACUGGCGAUUAUGCUUUAAUGAGUGGAUUGGUACCCAGAGGACAUAUGUUGAAGCUCUCGGUGGUUGGCUGUCUAAAUUCAUCAUCCCUGAAGCUGAAUUUUGCUCCAGUGAAACACCCUUCCCUUCAUAUAGAGGUGGUGGUCCUCCAUUAAACAUGAUGUGCCGGAAAUGGCUAGCUUCAUUUGAUAGCCUUCCUCACAGGGCCGUCUCUUAUUCCAUCAAAAGUUUCUGCAGGGAUGUUCGAACUCUGUGGGCACAACAGGGAGAGGAACAAAAGCUGAAACGUAAGGUUGAAGGCCUUGCUAAAGAACUUGACAGACGAGUUUUUGCACUUCAAAAAGUAGAGAAGAGAAUACUGGAAUCUAAAUUAUCUGACUCAAAAGAAGAAGGAGACGUGGGAAACAGAAUUGAUUACUUGAUUGGAAGGAAAGAUUUGAUAGACAUGUUCAGAAGGCGGUUGGAUGUUGAGAAAGAGAAGCAUCACAAGUGUAUGCAGGAAACAAAGCAUGUUACACUUAAUGGUUUUCAGACGGGAUUGACGUCAGUAUUUGAAUCAUUGACAGAGUUUUCAAAAGCGUCUGCUAAAAUGUAUGAAGAACUUGUGCUGUAUUAUAAGAAAGCAAACAUGGCAAAGGACACCAGUAAUCCACGCAUUGAAGGACCAAAGGUUGAUGUAGACAGUGGAUGAGUUGAGGACGUGGGGGGCUUAUGGAGGAACAGUGCGUAGUUCCGUCUCCGUUAACUCGACCAACUGUUGGUUUGUCACCAAUGUGGAGGUGUAGGUCUCCGUAUUUUAUAUGAAAACAGCUGUCUUCUGAUCAGCCAUUUUACAAGUUUAGAUGAUGACAACAGCGUUCGCAUGGAUCUGUCUCUUAUUGGUGCGAAUCUUCUCAGUAACCUGAGACUCUGAGAGUGGCUUUACAGGAAGCAUGUGAAUGGUCUCCCACCAUUUUGGUUGCACUGCUUUGCUGUUGUUGAUACUUGAACAAAGGGUUGGAUAGAAAGUAGAGGCUUUUUAGGUGGGCUCCAUGUUGUAAGUAAAUGUAUGAUAUUGCAUCUGGGAAUCAGAAAACCAUGAAGUGAUGGUAAAUUAGUAUGUAUCCCUCUAGUCCAGUAUUUUACUGGAAAGUAAUUUAGUUUUUGCAGCAGUUUCUCCUCUUAACUAGUUUUGAUCAU